CGGCGACGCUUUCAUCGCGGACCCCAGAAACCACCUCUCCCAGUGCCAGGCGCUGCUGAACAAGAUCACGGCCGUGAACCCACAGACGGAGAUUGACGGGGUCCGCAACAUCUGGAUCAUCAAGCCGGCGGCCAACGCCAUCCACCUGUGCAACAACUCCAUCCAGAAGCACCUCAAGAACGACAAGGACCGCAGCCCGCUGCUGCCCUGCCACAACAUGUGGACCAGCACCCGGUUCCAAGAGUACCUGCAGCGGCGGGGCCGCGGCGCCGUGUGGGGCACCGUCAUCUACCCCGCCAUGAAGCGCGCCAUCGCCGACACCAUGAAGGUGGGGCAGGACCACGUGGAGGCGCGCAAGAACAGCUUCGAGCUCUAUGGUGCAGACUUCGUCCUGGGGCGCGACUUCAAGCCCUGGCUGAUCGAGAUCAACUCCAGCCCCACCAUGCACCCGUCCACGCCCGUCACGGCGCAGCUGUGCGCGCAGGUGCAAGAGGACACCAUCAAGGUGGUGGUGGACCGCAAGCUUGACCGCAACUGCGACGUGGGCGACUUCGAGCUGCUGUGGAGACAGCCCGCGGUGGACCUGCCGCCGUUCCACGGCUCCGACCUCUGCGUGGAAGGCGUCAGCCUGAGGAGAGCCAAGCAGCCGGUGCCGCCCGUUUCCAGCGCACACUUGCCGUCGUCGCUCUCGAACAUUCAGCCACUAAAAACACGGUGCCCCUCGGCCGCGCCGGACCGACCCCCGGCCACGGCGGUCCAGCAAGACUUAAAACUGCAGGACGAAAAGGUCCUGCCCUGCGCCUUGCCCGCGCCCCUGAAGCCGCCGGCGGAGAGGGGCUCCAGG